CCCAGGCAGGAGGCAGGGAGCAGCAGAAGCGGGAGGAGGACGAGGAGGAGGAGGAGCCGUCGCAGGAUGAAGGAUCGGACUCAGGAGCUGCGGAGUGCCAAAGACAGCGAUGAUGAAGAAGAGGUGGUGCAUGUGGAUCGGGACCACUUCAUGGAUGAGUUCUUUGAGCAGGUGGAAGAGAUCCGGGGCUGCAUUGAGAAGCUGUCUGAGGACGUGGAGCAAGUGAAGAAACAGCACAGUGCCAUCCUGGCCGCGCCCAACCCAGAUGAGAAGACCAAACAGGAACUGGAGGACCUCACUGCAGAUAUCAAGAAAACGGCCAACAAAGUUCGUUCCAAGUUGAAAGCUAUAGAGCAAAGCAUUGAACAGGAGGAGGGGCUGAACCGUUCCUCCGCGGACCUGCGCAUCCGCAAGACGCAGCACUCCACUCUCUCGCGGAAGUUCGUGGAAGUAAUGACCGAGUAUAACGCGACCCAGUCCAAGUACCGGGACCGCUGCAAGGACCGGAUCCAGCGGCAGCUGGAGAUCACCGGGAGGACCACGACCAACGAAGAGCUGGAAGACAUGCUGGAGAGCGGGAAGUUGGCCAUCUUCACGGAUGAUAUCAAAAUGGACUCACAGAUGACGAAGCAGGCGCUGAACGAGAUUGAGACGAGGCACAAUGAGAUCAUCAAACUGGAAACCAGCAUCCGCGAACUGCACGACAUGUUUGUGGACAUGGCCAUGCUGGUGGAGAGCCAGGGGGAGAUGAUCGACCGCAUUGAGUACAACGUGGAACACUCCGUGGACUAUGUGGAACGAGCCGUGUCCGAUACCAAGAAAGCUGUGAAAUAUCAGAGCAAGGCCCGGAGGAAGAAAAUCAUGAUCAUCAUUUGCUGUGUGGUGCUGGGGGUGGUCUUGGCGUCAUCCAUUGGGGGGACGCUGGGCUUGUAGGCCCCCCACCCCUACUCCCCGAACCCUCCCCCACCACAUUGGGAGCAAUACCCCCACCAUCCUUUUCACUCCAUCCCCUGCUCCAGGCUCAUUCCCAAGACAGACCCAGGCAGCCCCCCCUUUUUCUCCCCACCCGACCUUGGAGUCCCUGUCCUCACCCUGCCAUGGACCACCCUGCCCACGCACGUAGAUAGCAGCAGGCGUGAUUACACAUGCACACCAACAUGCAUGCCGCCGGCACAUGCUCGAGACGUGUGGACACCCCAGCGUGUUGUGCGUGUGCGUGUGUGUGUACAAAGCACCCAGUCACCUUUUUACCCCCCACCUUGAGUCUGUGUGUCUUCUGAGCUUCGUCCCCGUCACUGGGGUUUUGUGUAGACUGUCACCAGACAUAAUACAGCAGCCCAAGCCCUGCUGUCUCCUGUGAACAGGUGUGGUGUGUGUGUGUGUGUGUGUGUGUGUGUAAGCACGCACACACAGAUCUGCACUUUGUGUACAUGGAAUUUUGUCUUUGUGUGCUUGAGUCUGAUGCAACCACACGUCCUCUACUGAUGCCCACCCCCUCCCGGUGUCUGCUGUGGGUUUCUACAGACACCCCACGGUAGCCCAGACACACAUAGGCCACAGCAGACACCACAGUGUGAUGCAGAGCAAACCCUCCUAGCUCAGCCGCCCCGGGGCUGGUGUGUGUGUGUGUGUGUGUGUGUGUGUGUGUGUGAGCCUGUGGCAGGUACCAAGGUGAGUCCAGUGCACAUUUAUGAACAGCCUACUGUCCUGUCUGCCAUGUGCAGUCCCCCACCAGUGACAUGAGGGGCGUGUGUGUGCAUGCACCCGUCUCUCAGACGUGCCUGAAGGGUCGCUGGAAGGUCAUCACUCAGUCAGAACCUUCCAUAACAUGCACUGGACACCUGUUUUGGGUGGGCACGGACACCUGUACUUCUCUGCUAUCUAGAACGUGGAUGCGCUGUGUGUGUGCCGCGUAUAGAGGCUUUCUCCAGUGUUCCUGCCCCUGGGUCGGCUGCACACGUGUUUAUCCAUAAGGAUGGUGCCCCAUGUGCGUUUGUUUAUGCAGAUUUAUUUGCCCCCUUCUGCUCCCCCCAGAGCUGCUGCCAACCUGAAGUGCGGCCACACUGCUAACACCAACAUUGUGCAAACGGAGCUUCCUGCUCCACACAUGCCCACAUGCUUGUCUUUCUCUGUGCCUGCCAGAGGCUAGACCUGCGCGUGAAGCCUGGGACUCGGUGUGCGCAGACCCGGGGAGGGGGCACACGUGGCGUGCACACACCCUGGCACACAGCCUGCUGGGGGGUUGCGUGUGGGAAAUGUUGCGGAUGCGGCAAAGGUCAGGAGCCGCCCCAGGCAGACAGAAAAUCAGAGCUUUCCAUCCUUUCACACCUUUACCUUGGAACUGGGAGAGGCUCCCACGUGAUGCCCUCGGCUCGGCCUCAGGGGCCUUGGCUUUGGGUGGCUGUUGACUUCAGAUGUGCUGGAGUGACCUCUGGGGUGGCCGAGUCCCGGGACCCACCGCCUGGACACAUCUUGAGCUGUCACACUGGCAGUAGCUGCCCUCACCCAGGCUGAGACUGACGCUGGGACACGGGCCCCGGCUUCCGAUGGUGAGCAACGGCCCCCCACUGUGUAGGCAGCCCAGGCACAGGUGGAUUUUGGUGCCAGGUGGGAAGAAUAUGAGCAAAGGCCGAUGUGAGAAGCCCCCAGCCCCUUCGUGGGGGACACACGUAUACAGGAUUUUACAAAGUAAGUACAGGAAUGGAGUGCCCCGCCCUGGGGUUGGACCUGUGCACGGGCGAAGGACCAGUAUGUGCGUGCGUGAAGAUCCCAUCCCAGAGUCCCAGUUCAUGUGCGGCGUGUGGCUGUGUGUGUGUGCCUGUGUGUGUGAGGGAACACAGAUGUUACCUGAAA